CUCUUCCUGCGGCGGUGCAAAACAGUCUGAGGAAUUCAGGAACAGAGAAUUGCAUGUUCUGGUGUGUGUGUGUGUGUGUGAGAGAGAAAGAAGGACGCCCUGAGUAAUGGCCUCACCCUCGAUACCAGCGUACAACUCCAGCCCUUUGGAAAACAGCUCAAGCCAAAACGCUUCCAGAGAGAGUCUGAAGAUGGAACCGCUGGCAGACGUAGCCCUCUUGCCAGGAGAGGAGAGAGUCAUAGAUAAAGAUCUCAUCUACAUGUGUCCAUUCAGCGGAGCAGUGAAAGGAAAAGUGUUUAUAACCAACUACAGACUGUACUUCAAGGGCACUGAUACAGAUCCCACUGUAACUCUGGAUGUGCCUCUUGGGGUCAUCAGUCGGGUGGAGAAAAUGGGCGGAGCCUCCAGCCGAGGGGAAAACUCGUACGGGCUCGACAUCACCUGCAAAGAUAUGAGGAAUCUGCGAUUUGCUCUGAAACAAGAAGGACACAGUAGAAGAGACAUCUUUGAGAUCCUUUUCAGAUUUGCUUUCCCUCUAUCUCAUGGCCUACAACUGUUUGCAUUCCAGAGUCAGGAAAAGUAUGAGGAGAACGGAUGGAAUGUGUAUAAACCGUUGGAAGAGUACAGGCGGCAGGGUCUACCCAAUGAAAAAUGGAGGGUCUCCUUCAUCAACGAGCGCUAUGAGCUCUGUGACACGUACCCCACCCUCCUAGUGGUGCCUUUCAAAGCCUCUGAGGAGGACCUGAAGAGAGUGGCCACCUUUCGGUCACGCUCCCGAAUUCCGGUGUUGUCAUGGAUACACCCAGAGAACCACGCGGUGAUCACACGAUGCAGCCAGCCCCUGGUGGGCAUGAGCGGCAAACGUAACCGGGACGACGAACGAUACCUGGAUCUGAUCCGCGAGGCCAACGGGACGCCCAAACUGACCAUCUACGACGCCAGGCCCAACGUCAACGCCGUCGCCAACAAGGCUACAGGCGGCGGUUAUGAGGGCGACGAUGCGUAUCAGAACGCAGAGCUGGUCUUUCUGGACAUCCACAACAUCCACGUGAUGCGAGAAUCACUAAAGAAACUGAAGGACAUCGUCUAUCCCAACGUGGAAGAAUCCCAUUGGCUCUCCAGUCUAGAGUCCACACACUGGCUGGAACACAUCAAGCUGGUGUUGUCAGGGGCGAUCCAGGUGGCUGACAAGGUGUCGUCAGGUAACUCGGUGGUGGUCCACUGCAGUGACGGCUGGGACCGCACAGCUCAGCUCACCUCUCUGGCCAUGCUGAUGCUGGACAGCCACUACCGCACUCUCAGGGGCUUCCAGGUGCUGCUGGAGAAAGAGUGGAUCAGCUUCGGCCACAAGUUCGCCUCGAGAAUUGGCCACGGAGACAAGAACCAUGCGGAUCAGGAUCGGUCGCCCAUUUUUGUGCAGUUCAUAGACUGUGUAUGGCAGAUGACCAAACAGUUCCCGACAGCCUUUGAGUUUAACGAGCGUCUCCUGGUGGCGAUUGUGGAUCACCUCUACAGUUGUCGUUUUGGCACCUUCCUCUACAACUGCGAGAGCGUCCGUGACAGUAACGAGGUUCGAACAAAGACUGUGUCCCUCUGGUCUCUGAUAAACAGCGAUACGUCAAGUUACCUAAACCCUUUCUACACAGUCGAGUCCAGUCGCGUGCUUUACCCUGUAGCUAGCAUGCGCCACCUCGAGCUGUGGGUGACUUACUACAUCCGGUGGAAUCCCCGCAUCAGACAACAGCAGCAGAGCCCUGUGGAGCAGCGCUAUAAGGAGCUGCUCGCGUUGAGGGAUCAGUACCUGAAGAAACUCGAGGAGCUCCAGCUCUCCGAUUCUUCUCCCCCUCCACACCUGACCAACAGCUCCACCCCCAACGCCGCGUCGCCCACGCAGCGCGUCACGCACCUCCAAACACCCUUCUGA